AUGGCCGAACCCAAGCCCGAAAUCCAGUACGCCGGAGCCGGAGCCGGCGACCCCCAGGUGCCGGCAUCCGCUCCCGCUCCCGGCCCGGAACCUCUCACCACCCCGGUCGGGGACGCCGCCGCCGUCGAGCCUUACAGCGUCUUCACGCGCACCGAGAAGUGGUUCAUCGUCGGCAUGGUCGCCGUCGCGGGUUUCUACAGGCACGCCCCGCUGCCGGCCAACAUCUACCUCCCCGCCAUCCCGAAGCUCUCCGAGGCCUUUGGCCGCUCGGUCGAUGACCUCAACCUGACCGUGACGGCUUUCCUCGCGAUGCAGGGCCUGUCCCCGAUGCUCUGGGCCCCCCUGUCCGAUCGCCAUGGAAGGCGGCCCGUUUUCCUGGUAUGCCUGGCCGUGCUGAUCGGGGCCUGCGUCGGCAUUGCCGUCAUCCCCACCGACGCCUUCUGGCUCCUGAUCGUCCUCCGCUGCCUGCAGGCGGCAGGUUGUGCCAGCACGAUCGCGCUGGGCGCCGGCGUCAUUGGCGAUAUCUCGACACCCGAGGAGAGGGGUGGCUUCUUUGGCAUGUUCAAUGUCGGCCCGAUGUUCUCACCGUGUAUAGCCCCCGCCGUCGGCGGCGCGCUGGCCGAUAAGCUCGGGUGGCGGUCCAUCUUCUGGCUCCUCGUCAUCAUGGCCGUCUGCUGCCUCCUCUUCAUCCUCCUGUUCCUCCCCGAGACCCUCCGAAGCCUUGUCGGCAACGGCAGCGUCUCCCCGGGCGGCGUGUACAUGCCCCUCGUCCCCGUCGUCGGCCGGUCCCGGCGCAGAGACCGAACGCCGGCCCGCUCGAAAGCAGCCGGCGCCGCCAGGCCUUCCGCCAACCCUUUCGUCAUCCUGGUGUACCCGGACGUCGCCAUCACGCUGGUCUUCACGGGGGUCGUGUACGCCGUCAACAACACUGUCGUCACGACCGUCGCGUCCUCCUUCGCCAGGGUCUACCCCUGGCUGUCCGAGACGGCGCUCGGCCUGUGCUACCUGCCCACGGGGCUCGGCAUGGUCGUCGGUGGCACGCUGACCGGCAAGGUCCUCGACUGGGAAUACGCGCGCAUCAAGAGGCGGGUCGAGGCCUCGGGCGGCGACGGCAGCGGUGUCCUCUUCCCAAAGGAGUACGCCCGCCUAAGGACAAUGCCGGUCCUCCUCCUGCUCUUCUCCGGAGCCGUCGUCGCUUGGGGCUUCUGCGUCGACAGGGGCGUGCACAUUGCCGUCCCGUUGGUGCUCCAAGUCGUGUUGGGAUACACCUCCAUAGCCAUUCUCAACACGACCAUGACGUUGAUGAUUGACAUUUUGCAGACGAGAAGCUCUGCAGCGACGGCGUGUACCAACCUCGUGAGGUGUCUGCUUGCGGCGCUGUUGGUAGGUUUGAUUGACAAGAUGACCUCGGCUCUACGCAUAAGCUGGUCGUAUGUCCUGCUGGGCGGAGUCUGCGCCCUCCUACUACCGCUCAUGUAUAUCGAGAUGAAGUUCGGACCAAAGUGGAGGCUGGAGCGGGAUCUGAAAUCUGUGGAUGAGUGA